AUGACUCUGCCUAGCUGCAGCUCCGCUGCACUGGUGUGUGAGAAAUGUUGUUUUCUCCCUUUCUUUUCCAGAAACGCUCCCCAGCUCCUCAGCGUGGCCCUGACCAGAGCUGCUGUGAGCGAGAUCCUGCAGUCCGACCUCUCCGCUUUUCACAAGAAGCAGGACGAGGAGGAGGAGGAGGCUGUCUUGCUGGAGUCCGAUCCCCUGCAGCGGUUCUUCUUCAACAGGCUGCUGGAGCUGUGCUGUACCUGGCUGGAGGAGCCGCCCCCCCUGCAGCCUGGAGCACGGCGCUUCUUGCAGACCUCGGCCCACGCCAUCAGAAACACGCGCCGGAAAAUGGAGGACCGGCACGUCGCCAUUGCAGAGUUCAACCAGCUCUGUGGAUUAGAGGACCAGACGGAGCGAGGGUACUUCGCUGUGUUUGACGGUCACGGAGGCGUGGACGCAGCGGUGUACGCAGCGACACACCUCCAUAUCAACCUUGUCCAGCAGGGGGAGCUCCUGAGCAGCCCCGGAGAGGCCCUGAAGAAGUCCUUCAGGCAGACAGACGACAUGUUUCUGCAGAAAGCAAAGAGAGAGCGGCUGCGCAGUGGCAGUACGGGCGUGGCUGCUCUGCUCAGCGGGGAUUGGCUGCACAUCGCCUGGCUUGGAGACUCUCAGGUCAUGCUGGUGAGACAGGGGCAGGUCGUUUCCCUGAUGGAGCCUCACAAGCCAGAGCGUGAGGACGAGAAGGAGCGGAUUGAGGCUCUGGGGGGCUGCGUUGCAUUCAUGGGGUGCUGGAGAGUGAACGGCACCAUCGCGGUCUCCAGAGCAAUCGGAGACAUUGACCAGAAGCCCUACAUCUCGGGCGAUGCCGACGGCGCCUCCUUCCAGCUCCACGGAAUGAAUGGUACCUGA